AUUACAAGUUCAUUCAGUUUUUGUUUUGUCUUAUUAAAUUAAGUAUAGAGAUUUGGCACUGAUUGAUCUAAGCUGCUUCAUUUUCCAAAGUCAAUUACUGUGUUAGCUGCAUAACAUUUUGAUGCAUUCUGCAAUUUAAACCUUAAUUCAAUUCCUUAAGUGGAAUUGCACUUUAUGGGGCUCCGUUAUUUACCUUCCACUACAACGCUUAGAUACUUAUUCUGCAUAACAUUAUAAUUCAUUAACAUCUUGUUUACCAAUUCCAAGAGUUGAUGAUUUAACAAUUGAAAAAUGAAAAUUGCAUCUGUUGCAAUUCAAAGAGAGGUUAGGUUGUUAAGCAAUAAAGCUCUUAAGCCAAGAAGAUGAGUGAGUGGCUCAGUAGAAAUAUCAGAGACAUGGAAACAGCGCGCACGUUCCUCUCAUAACAUAUCAUAUCUUAGAGUACUUGUUUUUCCUUUCCCCUUAAUUAAUUAGGAUAAAAUGGUACCUACCUGUUCGAGGAAUGAAUAAAUAUAUGUCCUUCCUUAGAUAUCUUGUGAUGCUCCAUAAAUACGCUCAUUUCCAUGCUCUUGUCCCCUCUUUCCCUUGAUCACAGCACAAUUAAGGGACUAUUCAGUAUUCACAAAGAUUUCCUUAACAAGUGUUUUCACAUUAUAUGAUCAUGGGAAACCAAAAAUUACCUGCAUGGUUGGAAGCUCUUUACACAGAAACUUUCUUUGUGGGGUGCUCUGAACAUGAGAAUGCAAAAAAGAAUGAGAAGAACAUAUGCUGCUUAGAUUGUUGCACCAGUAUUUGCCCUCACUGUUUGCCAUCCCAUCGCUUCCACAGGCUUCUUCAGGUUCGUCGUUAUGUUUAUCAUGAUGUUGUCAGAUUGGAAGAUCUUCACAAACUCAUAGACUGCUCUAACGUACAGCCAUAUACCAUCAAUGGUGCCAAGGUUGUGUUCAUCAAGAAGAGACCUCAAAAUCGCCAAUUCAAAGGGUCUGCAAGCUACUGUACUUCCUGUGAUAGAACUCUCCAACAACCAUUUAUACACUGCUCUCUAGGAUGCAAGGUGGAUUUUGUGGUGAAACACGACAAGGACCUAUCUCCCUAUUUGAGAAAAUGCAACUCCUUGCAGCUAAGUCCUGACUUCCUAUUCCCACAAGAGAUGGAGGAUGAUGAAGAGGUCAUGAGUGGUUCAAGCAAUAAUGUGAAGUGUGGCGAUGAGGAAUUAAUGAGCUCAUCAUCUUCAGAGAACAUGAGCCUGGCUUUCACAGAGAAUAAGAUUGUUAGAAAGAAGAGGAGUGGGUGGAAGAAUGCGUGUGCAAGAUUAAUGACCAACAAGGUUUCUGAGGAAGAAGACAUGGAUACCAGCUGCAUGAGUAGAAGGAAAGGCAUCCCUCAAAGAUCUCCACUGAGUUAGCUAUCUCUUACCAACAUCGAUCAAAUAAAGUUAAACCAAAAGGAAGUUUAGCUACAAACUAGUGUUCAAUUCUUUGAAUUAUUAAUAUGAUAUGUAUUUUUGACUGAGGUGGUGGAAUUAUUCAAAAUUCUCCCCUCCCCUCGAAAUUGAAGUAUUUUAGUCUAAUUAAUCACAAGAGCCUUUGUCUUGUCGA